UGGACACAUUUGCCUGAAAGCAGAAAGGUGCCUGCCUUCUCUUCCCCCACUUCUAUUUUGGCCGGACGGCAGGCCGGAGGGGAGUAGAUGCAAGAUCGGACAGCGCGGUGACAGCUUGUGGAUUGGUUGGGGUGUCUUUGGUUAUUUUUCUUGCUGGGGGGACUCUUUUUUUUUUUUUUUAACACUUUAUUGGGAGUUUAUUCUCAAGGUACCAGUUCCUGGGAUCGCAGCUCGAGAAAACAUUCAUUAAGCUCCCCUUUUCUGGGUAACACAAGGCACAUUAACAUCAGGAAGAAGUCUAUGAGAAGACCUCAAAGCUUCACACGAAAUCGAAAUGCAGCAAGUUUUGGAAAACCUUACAGAGCUGCCCUCAUCUACAGGAGCAGAGGAGAUAGACCUAAUUUUCCUCAAGGGGAUUAUGGAGAAUCCUAUUGUGAAGUCACUUGCUAAGGCUCAUGAGAGACUUGAAGAUUCAAAGUUAGAAGCUGUGAGUGACAAUAACUUGGAAUUAGUGAAUGAAAUUCUUGAAGAUAUCACUCCUCUGAUUAGUGUGGAUGAAAAUGUGGCAGAGCUAGUUGGGAUACUCAAGGAGCCUCACUUCCAGUCGCUCCUGGAGGCCCAUGAUAUUGUGGCAUCAAAGUGUUAUGAUUCGCCUCCUUCCAGCCCAGAAAUGAAUAUUCCUUCUCUCAAUAAUCAAUUGCCAGUAGAUGCCAUCCGUAUUCUCGGUAUUCACAAAAAAGCUGGAGAGCCAUUGGGUGUAACAUUUAGAGUUGAAAAUAAUGAUCUGGUAAUCGCCCGAAUCCUUCAUGGAGGAAUGAUAGAUCGACAAGGUCUGCUUCACGUGGGAGAUAUCAUUAAGGAAGUCAAUGGUCAUGAGGUUGGAAACAAUCCAAAGGAAUUACAAGAAUUAUUGAAAAAUAUUAGUGGAAGUGUCACCCUAAAAAUUUUACCAAGUUACAGAGAUACUAUUACUCCUCAGCAGAGUUACGUCAAUAUGGAGAGGCACCCAGCCCACGUCCGUCAGGUAUUUGUCAAGUGUCAUUUUGAUUAUAAUCCAUUCAAUGAUAACCUGAUACCCUGCAAAGAAGCAGGACUAAAAUUUUCCAAAGGAGAAAUUCUUCAGAUUGUAAACAGAGAAGACCCAAAUUGGUGGCAGGCUAGCCAUGUGAAAGAGGGAGGAAGUGCUGGUCUGAUUCCAAGCCAGUUCCUGGAAGAGAAGAGAAAGGCAUUUGUUCGCCGAGACUGGGACAAUUCAGGACCCUUUUGUGGAACUAUAAGCAACAAGAAAAAGAAAAAGAUGAUGUACCUCACAACCAGGAAUGCAGAGUUUGAUCGUCAUGAAAUUCAGAUCUAUGAGGAAGUAGCAAAAAUGCCACCCUUCCAACGGAAAACGUUAGUUUUGAUCGGAGCUCAAGGUGUGGGCAGAAGGAGCUUGAAAAACAGGUUCAUAGUACUGAAUCCUGCUAGAUUUGGAACAACGGUGCCAUUUACUUCACGGAAGCCAAGAGAAGACGAAAAGGAUGGACAAGCAUAUAAAUUUGUGUCCCGAUCAGAGAUGGAAGCAGAUAUUAAGGCUGGGAAGUAUUUGGAGCAUGGGGAGUACGAAGGAAACCUGUAUGGAACCAAGAUCGACUCUAUUCUCGAGGUUGUCCAGACUGGGCGGACUUGCAUUUUGGACGUCAACCCACAAGCACUGAAAGUGUUAAGGACUUCUGAAUUCAUGCCUUAUGUGGUGUUUAUUGCUGCUCCAGAGCUAGAGACCUUGCGUGCCAUGCACAAGGCUGUGGUGGAUGCGGGAAUCACCACCAAGCUUUUGACGGACUCUGACUUGAAGAAAACAGUGGAUGAAAGUGCCCGAAUUCAGAGAGCAUACAACCACUACUUUGAUUUGAUCAUCGUAAAUGACAAUCUAGACAAAGCCUUUGAGAAACUACAAACUGCCAUUGAGAAACUGAGGAUGGAGCCACAGUGGGUCCCAAUUAGCUGGGUGUACUGAUGAUUCAAUAAGGUUAACAACAGAUAAAUAAAACUUUAAAACAGUGACUCAACAAGUCAGCCUUCUGCUGGGCGAGCACAUGCAGAGGUGGAAGGCGCCUGCGCAUCAAGGCAUUUUUAUUGUGUAGAUUGAAAUAACAGUGCACUAGGUGGAAUUUUUAUAUAUUUGUGGUUGGGAAGGUGUACUAAUAUAUAAUUUCUCUUAAUUUUUCUAACUUUUUAUGGAUAAAACCUUUCUAUUCAUACCACAUAAAGAAAUGCGUUCAAGCAUUUUGUAAGUUUUGAUUUAGUACCCUUGCUUUUUCAUCAAAGGAAUUUUCAGAUCAUUCUCUCAAACAUUGAUCUCACAUUUUCACUGUGAUAAUGAAUACUUGAAAUAGUUUUGUAAUGCUGUCAUUCUUGUAAGUGGUUAGUGAAGGGUCAAUUAUUCUCUUAUUAGAAAAAAAUAGUUAUUGACCUUCCUCAGACUCCUUACAGAAGCAGAAUUUAGAUAUCAGUGCAACGGCUAAGUCCACUACUAUCUUAAUCUGCUCAGUGCCACCUCUUAGUCCAGAGUAUGGCGGCUGCUCAUUCUAUUUGUAAGAUAAAUCCACCCCCACCCCACCCCACUCCCAUCUCUCUCUAGUCAACACAAUGAAGAGCAAUAGCUUGCACUCUCUAUGGGAUUAUUUUCAUUUGUCGCAGUGAUGUGCUGAUGCCGACUAAUGUUGCAUAUUAGCUAUGGAGCUCGGGUGGAAGCAUGGUCAUGCACACAGAGAGUGCCUUAUCCUGCAAACUUAACUUAGAGAACAUUUACUUAUUUUCAAAUAUAAAAUUUCAAACCUA